AUGGCCUCUUAUAAUUGUUACCCUGAUCACCAGCUAAACUAUGAUCACCACAACAACCACCAUAGCGGCGUUGACGGCCUUUACCACCAUGACAACCAUCACCAGCAUCACCACCAGCAACACGCUGUCCCGUAUCUUGGACAUAGUGGUGCAGGUCAUCAUGGUUAUGUUCCUGGAUCGGUCCAUCAUGGUCAGGUUCCUGGGUCGUUGGCCCAUCAUGGUAACAUACACCAUGGUCACCAUGGUCAUGGAGAUGGACACCAUGUGAGCUACAAGAAGAAAUGUGGCAAGUCAUCUGAGUACAAGAAGCACAAACACCAUGAUGGUGGUUGCAGCAGCGACAGCGACAGUGAUUAA